GAGCACAAAGAUAUAGUGAGAUACCAUUACUCAGCACAUAGGCAACGGUGUCAGCACACCAGCUGCCUAAUGCUUGGGACAGCUUUUGCAGGCUACCUGGUGUGUUCUUGUUUUAAUGUUGGCUGGUUCAUGUAAAUGUCAUCAGCUUUCAGCCAUUGAAGAAAAUGUGGGAUGGGCUAACCUAAAAAAAAACGUAUCCUGGCCUGUACAGGCUGUAUGGUAUUUAGGGGAUAAGAACUUAUUCAGCUCUUCUACAGGUGAAAGGAUUGUAGAAAACCUGGCAGUUUCUGUCCUGAGUGGGGACAGCUUUAACCUGCUGGGGUGAAAGUGGGGCACAGCCCAGGGGCUCGUGUUCCAUGUGUGGUGCUGUAGCUGUGGUUGCUAUGGGGAGGGAGUGUCUUGUUAAUCCCCAGCCCAGCUAAUCUUCCAUAGCUAAUUGACAAUUGAAUACAUUUCAUUUAUUGUAAAGUCUGGGCUUUCUGGACACUCAUUACCAAGUAUAACUCCACAGUCAUCAACUGAGUUCUGCACUAGAAGCAAAAUCAUCUACUGCAGAAUGAAGGGAAGACAUGUCUGAUCUGCUGCCUGUCUUGUUUUGCUGGUAUAUCUAUGCUCCCAGCAUUACUCUUGCCUGGGUUUGCUUAUCUGUGACCUCCAGAGGCCUUGCAGCAGAUAGGAUGCUGUGCUAGACCUGCCAAAUCUCUGCUCACAUCUGUGUAUUCCAAACAGCCUGCUUGGGGGGGCAUUUCAGUGGCACACAUUGCAGACAGGAGCUGAUGCAGCAGAUCUGUCUCCUCCAAGGCAAUGCUUCAGGGCAGGCUGUGUUUCAGGGGUGAUCAGCAGGGAGAAGGAAUAAGCCUGUGAACAACAGACCCUGUCCCAGGACUCCUGGUGGGAUGUACCACAUCUGAAGGAUCAGAGUUCUGAUGACUAAUGAGAAGAGGUUUAAAUAUGUUGUGGGAUGGAGCUUCUGUCAUAUAAAAUUCAUGGUGCUGGCAGGCCAUUCUUAAUAAAUAAUUACCCUCUCCGAGGAAGACACAUCUUCAUUUCAUGCUUGUAAAAAAACAGAAGGGAAAAAGGGAUAUUUAAAGAAUAAGUCUGAUGUGAUUUUGAACUUGCUCUCCCAGCAGCUUUGUACUGGAAUGACACAUGAACGUUCCCAUGAGGAAAGGUAGAGUGAGGGGAAUAUUACUUUGGUGAGAGGAGGAGACAACUGGUGUUUUCUAUUUAGCAGGAAUAGAGGAGUUGCAUUUCUCACCUCUGCAACACCUUCAGCUUCUGGGAUGGCUCUGUGAUCUUCAGAGACAUGAUCUGAGAUGUGAUCUUCAGAGACAUCAUGCACAGUGCUGGUGGGAUACAGAGCAGGACUGCACAGCUCUCCUGUUACAGCACAGCUGACAACUCAGCUCCCACUGCACCUUUCCUUCUGCUUUUUGUUGGCCUGUGACUAUUGUCCUGCACACAUUAGUACUUCUUCUGUUACUAAGAACAGACUGUUUUCCUUUGGGCUACUCAUAACUUCCAUGGGUGUUGUGAAUACUGAAAUUUCUAAGAUACUCAUGAAAGUGCUAUGUACCUUGAGCUAGUAAAACAUGAUUAUGCAGCCCUUCCUUUGUAACAUGAGUUCUUCCUCUUAAGGGAAGCCAGAUAAAUGAAGAAGAAGCUAUUGUUUGUUGUUGUUGCAAAGGCCUCUUGAGCUAAAUGGGACUUUGGCACUAACCACCAACUGCGUAAUUUCAGGAGUGUGACUGAAAUGGCUGGAAAUCUGUUUUUGCUGCUAAUGAGUACAGUGAAUAAUUGUUGUUUUCAGUUCUUUUUUAGGGCAAGAUAAUAAGAUAGAGAAUGCAUGUGUCAGUGACUGAUUAAGUAUAUGUGGAUUAACUGAUUCCCCCCAAAAUACAGUUGCAGAAAAUUCAGUGCAGCAUCACAUGUGAGCUAUUGCAGGUUAUGGGUAGCCGAAGUCAUCUCUAUGUGAGUAUUACAAGAGGGAUGGAAAAAAAAUUGGAAAAUUUGGGGUGUAAGAAGUUGUCUUCAUAAUGUUUGUCCCAAACCAGUGGUUUUCCUGGGAGCAAUAUUAGAAACAUGUGGCAUAUCAAUGUUAGAUGAUGGGGUAGUGAAGCACGGCUAAGCCUCCAGCCAACUUGUAUCAACCAGGCCAUUCCAGCUUUCAGAAUAUGCCCCAUGUUCUUAAAACACCCCUGAGCAUCCCUGAGUGUCAUUAUUCCUCUCUGUGUCUUAGACUCAGAGUUGAGUUCCCAUGCUAUGCUGUGUGUAACAGGGCCUGUCCUUUCCCUGUUCAUUUGUGCUGCUUCUGUUUGCAGGAGAACCUGCUGUUACCUGCCAUGCAUGGAAGAUGUAGUUUGUGUAACUCCAUCUGCAGGCUGUACCUGGUGCUCUGUGGCAGCAUGGUCUUGCUGGAAAAAGAAAUGUUAUUUAGACUUUAGAAGGUACCUGGAUGGUACCAGCUGUUACCUGAGGGAGGCAGGAUGCUUGGGAUGGGAGCUUCAGGCUUGAGAUCAAUUUCGAAGCACAGAUGAAAGAGAAGAUUGUCCCCAUGCUUUCUUCCUCUCAGCAGCACAUUCUGAUGCUCCUUGUGCAGCUUUGAAACCAAGAAGCAGAGGUGUUUCCCAGCUGUGCAGAAGCUCUGGGCUGGUGGUGGUGUUCUGGGGAGGUUGGCAAUGAGGAUGCUAUGUGGAACUUCCCUCCUGCUGAGGUGACUCACCCUAGCAAGCAACCUUUGCUGGUUCCAUUGCACAAUCUGCAGCCCAUCAUGGCCAUGAGCCAUCAGCCAUACAGCUGACCCCAUACCUCACAGAUCACAUACAUCUGUUUUUUUUUCAUGUGAGUGGAAAGUCAGAAAACCCUUGGGCCUGGAGAUGGGUUCCUGACAUUCUUUGUUGUGGUUAAUUUCUGGAAAUUCAGACUGUGGUUCAUCUGUUCUGACGUAUGCGUGUCAGUGCCUGAGCUACUCAUUCUUAAUUCCUUCUGCUGCUGAUGAAGAGAAUGAGGCAGUGCUGGUGUGCUGCUUGACUGGCCUGUUUUAGAUAUCUGCAUUCAUUUGAGAGGAAGGACACUGCCUAUUCCUGUGUAAUUUUUCUGCUUAUAGAAGCAAUUUGGAUUAUCCACAGAGAUGUAAAUUUCUUCACACUGGCCAUGCAGUUAGUGGAAGGACUCACCUCCUCAGAACUUGAAUAGUCUGAUGACUUAUGCACUGGGCAAAAACUCUGGAUUCCCCAGACAAGACAGGUGAAAGCCAGGCAAGUAGAGAUCUGGACACAGAAGGUCCUGGCUGUAGGGGCCCUGUCCCCUGGCUUUUGUCUGAUGGAUAUCUGUCAGGGUUGUGACCACUAACCUGCUAAAUGAAAAGCUGGUGCAAGAUUUUGGAUUUGACUUGUUUUGUUUGUGCCCAGGAGCUGGACAGAAAGCACUUGAAUCAGCUUGGAUCAUGCAGAAGAGAAAGCAUUCCUGGGCAGCCUUUGUGGGAGGAGGCAACAAGAAGGGGGAGAAAAUGGCUGGGGAAAAUGCAAGAAUACUGCCCAAGGCCACACAGGAGGAGAGAAAGAAGCAGGAGGCAAAAAGGAAAGGGAAAUUGAAAACUUUGGCAGGCAAAUUGCUGAAGACUGUGGUUGGUGGGAAGGAAAUGGUGGAGAAGGCUGGUGCUGAGGAUGUGGCAGGGAAUUUGCUGAAGAGGCCAAGCAGUAGGAAAGGAGUGGAGAGAGGGACGCCUGCAGAGGAAAUCAUCUGCAGAUUUAUUGAGCAAGGAAAAUUUUUGGAAGCUUGUGAUCAAAUUCAUAAUCUGGAGCAUUCUGGAAAUGAUGGUUUGAGAAAGUCUGAAUCACUUUAUGUGCUGCUGGCUGAACGAAUGUGGACUGUAGUGGGAGAAGCACUCAGUGGAAGUGAUAGGAUGCUCCUGGAGCCAUUGCAGUCAGUGGGGGAAUCACUGAAGUGGGAGAAGCAGAAGGAAGCAGAGCGGCUUGGCAACGGCCUAGAGACAGAUCCUGUUUCCACCUGGAGCCCAAACUUCUGGAGAAAAGAUCUGGAGGAAAAGCUAAUUCAGUACAUGACAGCCCAGAUUCCCCCGUUUGCUUCCUCUAGUGACACAGAUGAGACUGCACUAAACCAGCACCUGAGUCAGCUGGAAACGAAGUUUCUCCCCAGCCUGGAGCACAGCAGUGAUGUCUUCAGGGAUGCAGGACUGCUCGUCACCUACGCCCGCUGCUGUCACGCCUCUUUGUGUUCUCACCUUGCCACACUUACUGACAGUAACUGUUUCAGCUUCAGCCAAAGCCUUUUAAUUUAUGGAUGGAGCAUUAAAAUGUACAAAAGAGGCAGCCAGGCAUGUGUGAGACCCGAGCACAGCCUUUCCCUUGGUGCACAGUGCCUCGUGUGGAUUCUUUUGAAGACUGAGGAAAAGUUACUUGCAACUGCACGGAAGGAAGUGGGGAAAGCGCUGAAAGGAGCCUUUGAUCUUGGGAAACCCCCUUGUGCAGACGCUGCAGUCAUUGAGAUACUAACAGAGAAAACAGAGGCUGCCAGGCGAGUCAGUGAGAGCCUCAGUGAGAAGGUGGAAGCUGAGUGCCUGGAGGAGUGCCUGAGGUUCCUGGAGAGCUAUGAAGAUGAAGUAAGAAGUUUUCUCCAGCUUGAUGGCUGCCCGCAGAUCUGCAGCAGCUUACGAAUCCUGGAGAAUUGCUGCCUUCUCAGAACUGUCUGGCAUAAGCUAACAUACAUUUGCAGUGUCAGCACUGAUCAGAAUGUUAAGGUAAAUGGAUUUCUACACAGGAUGGAAGAUGACAUUAUGGAGCAUUUUCUGCAGACCAUCACUUCUAAACUCAAGGGAACACUGAAGGACCACUUCAAAAAGUGUGACAGUGGUUUUGACCACAUCCUUGAGUCCUUAAAGCAAAACUUUUUGACCUUUGGGAAGAAAAACACAGAUACCUAUGAGGUCCUCGUCAAGGCUGUCAAUGCCAUCAUUAUUACAGAAUACAUGCAGGCCCUCCUGACCACUCCCAGGAAAACAUCUGCUAUGCAGAGGAGGAGGAUUGUCAACAAGAUAGAAGAAGAUCAUAGGAUGAUGCAAACCAUCUUUAAAGAGUGCUUAGGUCCUGCAGCUGGUUCUCUCAAGGAUCCCAUAAAAGCAAUUUUAGAACUUGUUCAAACUUCUGAUCCUGAGGGGAUGAAAAUAGCACUUCUGCCCAUACUAAAAGAAUUUCCUGACCUCAGGAAGGAACAUCUGAGUGCAGUGCUGGAUAUCAAAGAUUCGCUCAGCCGAGAAGACAGAGCUGCUCUCUUGAAGGCAUUUCAUGAUAAUUGCAGUGACUCAGAAACAGAAACAAACUUGCUUUUUGCAGAUAUAGAAGUAAAACCUAGAAAAUAUGGACUCUGUGGCUGUCUCUGCUGUUAGCAAAGGCCUGCUUGGAGAAACAUGAGUCCUUGCUUUCUGUGCCAGUGUCUGCAACCACAGCUCCUUGAAAGCUUCAUAUGCAGCUGGAUGCAUGGAGAAGCCUGUCAGCCAUGGAAGACAAAAUUUCUGCACUUUUUAAGGAAAACCAUGAGGCUCAAGUCAUAAUCUUAUAUGUAAAGUCAGGAGGAAGAUGAAUGGGAUAUGGUCAAAAGACAUUUCUUCAAAAUUUCCUAGAGAUUGCCAUUUGGCUGAGUCCUGGUGGUUAUUUCCAGGAUGUGGCAAGUGUGGGGGAGGGUUUCUCCUCACUGAAUUCCUCUCUGUUUCUGCCCCUUGUUCCAUGAAAUCUCCAAUGAAACCAGGGACUGCUGCACCACACAGUGUACCAGCAUUGUAACCUCCCGAGGGAUCCAAGACCUCUGUUAGGGAAUAUUGCCUGGCUGAUUGUGCUGGCAAUGCCUGCAGGUCUGGGCACCUCAGUUUACUCCCCAAAGCCUGACCUGCACCAGGAGGGUGCAGACUGAGCUGCCUCUUCCCUCUCUCAGGAAGGCUGUGACAUGCUUUGGGGGCAGCCUGCCAUGGUGAGGUGUGGGAUAGGGAGCCCUUCCUGUAUGAGUUUUACAGCUGCCUCUGGAGCAUAGUCUUGCAUUAAUUUUUAUAUCACAGUUACUGGAAAUUUCCUCUUGGAGAGGGAGGGGAAUACCUCAUGACAAGCAGGCAGUAAAAGGAGGCAUUUGUCUCAGCCUCUGGGCAAGGUCUUUGCUAGUUUUCAGAUGUAAAUAGGAAGUUCUGAAGGAAAAACAUUGAUUUUUCUUCCUGGUUAUCUAUGGACUGGUCACAGGCCCUAAGCAGGAUGUGCUUCAAAGCCCUCUUUUGCUAUUGUGUGAAUAUAGGCCAUUACUGCUCCUCUUUGACGCCAUCACCAAAAAACUCUACCUCAGAUGUGCCAUUGCUUUUCUGAGCAACCAUUCCCCCUCAAGUCUGCUACCCUAACAAGAAGAGGGAAAAUUUGUGCAUAACCUGUCAAUGUGUGUAGCAGCAGACAUGCCAUACCCUGAUACCCUGAGAAGUGCAGGCCCAUCUGGGUGCUGUGACAUUCUGCAGUGCUGUGCCAUCACCCCAGGGACACAGGUGCCCCAUCCCAGAGCCCUCAGUGCAGAUAGGCUCCUGUGAGCUGGAAAGGAGCAGGUUUGUAAUUGUCAUUAGCUUUGUUCCUGAUGCAGUGCUGAGCAUGAGGUGAGUGUCAGAGGAGAAGGAAGAAACACCAUCUCCAGGGAGUCCUCUGUGUGCUUUCAGGGCACCAGGAGACCUUGGCACUGUUACACUUCGUCCCUCUUGUCACUGAAGGGUGGUGAGAGCAUCCCAUGGCCUGCCUGCCCUUCCUGACUGCCUGGCUGUUCAAAAGGCCAGUGCUGGUGUCCCUAAUGUUUCAUAGCUGUCCAUUGUCGCUUCAGUGAGACCUUCCCUGGGAUGUUGGAAGGCUGGGGAAUCUGGGGGAGCUGCAGCCUGUCUGGGUGGGCAUGGGUUGGGCUGUGGAGCUGGUGAGCACCUGCCUUCUGAAGGCUGUCAGCCCUUCCAGGCACUCUGGGCCAGUCACUCUCCCCUCCUGCUGAAUUGCACAUUUUUUCAAGGAUGGGAUGGAAUGUCAGACCUGGCUGACAGACCCUAUUGUAAUGGCAGGGUCAGGGUCAGCCUCUGCCAAUGGGGAUUUCAAGCAACAAGCCUUCCAGAGGAAAGAAAUAAAACCCUCUCUGACAUUUCCAUCACUGUUGGGCUAAAAAUAAUCCUUCAGCAUGUGGACAGCUCUAGCCAUGCACAUGUCGAUGUCGAUGUGUAUCUGUGCUGUUUGACAUCUGCAGCCAGACAAGGGUGUGUUCUGCUUGGAAUCAGCAGCUGGGAGCCCUGAGGGGCACCAGGCUUGCCAUUGCUGUGUGCAGAUCAAUGAGGUUUUGUAGCAGCAAGUUUUUGCACCAUGUGUGAAACAUCCACUCAUGGAGAGACCAAAUAAAGACUUGAGCUUGUC